AUGAUGGAGAUGGAAGAGCUUUUACAAGGGCUACCUGAUGUCAAGGUGGAGAGAGUUUGCUGGGGCUGCCAAACAGCGGAGCCCGCUGGCAAGAGAUUCGAGCAGUGUCCCCAAUGCCAUCAAGAAGGCCUUGUCCCAGCAGUAUUCUGCUCCCAGAAGUGCUUCAAGAAGGCUUGGCCAAGACACAAAAAAUGGCAUAACCAGGAAGCUAUAAAACGGAAAAAUGAUAUUGCAUUUGACACUGAUGAAUUUAAAAAAAUCCUAAUAAUGUGCAUUUCAAGUCUGCUUCGGAAUAUUAUGAAGCUGAUGCUGAUUUAUUCCAAGACUAUUCUGACAUGGCAAUGGAAUGUGCUACAGAAAUGGCUGAACGCACAGAGAAGGGCAGAGAAGGUUGCACUGGUGUGGAGAGGGGGAGCUGGUUUGUGGGUUCUGAUCCAUGGUCUUGUCAGUCCUUCUGGUUUGACAAUGAAUGGCAAUUUUGGCACUGUCUGCUUGGAUUGGUUGGAAGAGAGCCGAGUUGCAGUGAAGGUGGAUGGAAUCAGUGCAUCUAAACAGAUCAAACCCAAGAAUCUACUGGAAAUCCCCUUUUCAGAGAAGAAUGUGGCCCUCAUUUCAACUUUGAGGGAAGAGGACCAGCUUAAGUAUGUAAGAGUUUCCAGAGAACUGAAACUAGCUCAUGUUUUGGUGGAAUGGAUGUGA